CCCUUAAUAUAUUUUGCUUCUGCGUAGUGAAAUGAAUCAAUAGAGAAGAAUUCCACCAUAUAACAUCGUUACCUUGAUGUUUUAUAUAUAUUAUACUAAAAAAUAUAAUUGAAAAAAUUGUAAUUGUUUCAUAAAGAGAAAUUUGUAAGAUGGGGACAGUGUUAAGUAUAAACCCAAAGGACCGUCACAAUCCAAUUUAUUCUGGGCAACAUUAUUUUCAAUAUAAUCAACAAGCGGAAAUAAAAAAUGAUAUUAAUAAUGAAAGUAUUCAUUUAACGGAUUCUCAUCUAAAUAACUUUUCAUAUGAACAAUUAAAUAAUGCAAAAAAUCGUGAAAAUAAAAAAGUUCAUUGCCCUCCAUUUUCAAAAAAUGGAAACAGUCAUAGUAAUGGAUGCUCUAAUGUUAAACUUACUAACAUAAAUUCUAAUAAUAUUCAUCAUAUUAACAGUGCUAAGGAUACUAUAAACAAUGAUCUUGACCUUCAUAAUGAAAAUUCUGUUAUUUUAUCAGAAAAAGGAAAUAUUGAAAAACAUUUAAAAAAACAUUCAAUUUUUAUGAAUGCUUUAUCAUGGAAAAAAAUUUCAUCUCAUAGUCGAAAAAAAAUAGAUUAUAAAUCGAAAUGUUCCAACAUGCCAAUUGGGAACUUAAAAACCCAUCUUAUUGAUUCUAAUUAUUCUACUGUUGGAGAUAAAAAUAAAAAUACCCAACAUAAUUGCAACUACAUAGAUGAGCAUCAAAAUAUCAAUAUAGAAAAUCACGAUUCGUGUCUGCAAUAUUUGUCUUCAAAAGAGAAAAAUAAUUUAGAUAUCGUCAAAGUAAAUAAUACAAAUAGUAUUUCAACUCACAACAAACUAGUACAAAAGCAGCCAUUAACAAUAUCUCUACCAACACAAUUGCAGUCUACAGCGUUACCAACAAAAAUAAAUAAUAAUGGACCCAGAAAAACUGUUAUACAGGCUUCUACUUCGGAAUUACUUAAAUGCUUAGGAAUAUUUUUACAUUACCGCUGUAAAAAAUUACGUAAUUUUGAAGCUGGAGACGCAGUCAUGUGGCUCAGAACAGUGGAUAGAAGCCUUUUAUUACAAGGAUGGCAGGACGUUGCUUUUAUUAAUCCUGCUAACGUUGUAUUUGUUUAUAUGCUUGUUCGAGAAUUGGUCAAUGGUGAGGAAACAAAAGAAUCUGAUCUACAAGCUGCAGUUCUGACAUGUCUAUACUUAUCAUAUUCGUAUAUGGGAAAUGAAAUUAGCUAUCCACUAAAACCAUUUCUUGUAGAAGACUCAAAGGAAAAAUUUUGGGACAGAUGCCUUGUUAUUGUUAACCGUUUAAGUAAUAAAAUGCUGAAAAUUAACGCUGAGCCCGGAUUUUUUACUGAAGUAUUUACAGAAUUAAAAUCGUGUGGGCAACUUAUAAAUAUUACAAAUAGUUCUCUUAGUUGUGGCGCUGCUUGACGUAUUAAAGGACCAAAUAUAGUUAUAAAGUUUUCACUAUUAGCACAACAUCAUUGUCAUCAUAAUGGAAAAUCAAUCAAAAUAUUGUAAUACAUGUGGAGGAAGCAAAUUUUCGGCAAUAUACAUAUAAAAUACAAAUCUUUUAGAUAAUAAAUAAAAUUUGAAACUGAUUAUAUUAAAUAUCUCUUAAUAGUAAAUAUAAAUAAAAGAAGUUGAACCGACUAAAAAAGC